AUGCCCGUCGAGUACGAGACCAAACCCAAGUCGAAGCAUCGGAAAUCCACUUGUGGUGGCUGUCGUCGCAGGAAGGAACAAGUCCGCGUCUAUACUUCAGAGAUUUGCCUGACCAUCGGCUCCUUGGCCACUUCCCAGGAUGAGAAGAAGCUGCCAGCAAAUUCGCCUGCAAGCGAAACCGCUCUUUCACAAGGAUCAAAUAGCAUUGCCCAACGCAAUCGCCAAGUCAAAUGGGAUACAGAUAUCAGUAUGGACGAAAGCGGCAGUAUAGCCUUCCACAAUUCCACAUCCCCUAUUUACGAACCUCCUUCUUCACAGCGCCAGCGGUCCCCCGUCCAUAUCGCGCAGGUGAACGUCAGUGGAACUGUGCAGGACGACCAACGUGCGAGAAGAGAUCUCAUCUUGAACGCCAACCACCAGAGACAGAUUGAGCCUUUCGCGAUUGCCAACGGAGCCGCCAAAGCAAAUGUCUCGAAGGAAAUCUCGCAAGAGAUGCUCAAAUACCACUGGUGCUGGCAGCACCCUUUGUUCCUCAUCGUAUAUCGACCUGCAUUCACUCGAGGUAUGGCCAUGGUCGAUCUGAAUACCCCAGGGGCACAAGAUCCACCUUAUUUCUCAGAAACUCUGCUAAAGGUCAUAAACGCUCAUUGCGCGAGAUUUCUCAAUCACGACGUGUACCAAGAUCAAUAUCAGAGCGUUCUAAGCCAUCAAAGCUCCGUCAGCGCGUCCAUGACAGCCACAGAUUUCAUGCAACGAAUGACCGAGGAAGCCCGAUUCGGCCUGAGCAUGGACAUGCUGAAGAAGAGUUCCAUCACUACAAUUCAAGCCUGCUUGCAACAGUCGGCACGGGAGGUUUUGUUCGGGAAUUCGUCUCAAGCUUGGACAUUUGCAGGUGUUGCUUUUCGAAUGGCUCUAGAUAUGGGGAUUCACCUGCCCACCGACAAACUUCAGUCCUUCGUAAAGAGUCUGACAGCCGAAGACAUUGAAGUUCGCAAACGUCUUUUCUGGAGUUGUUACACCUGGGAUAAAAUUCUGUCUCUAUAUUUAGGACGGAUGCCUGGCUUUACUCCAAAUACCGAUGAAGUGCCUCUAACCUUCAUGGACGACUACAGCGACAGCGAUCUGUGGUCACCGUACUAUGGAGAAACUCCUAGGCCUCAAGUCGCAAACGCCCCAAAUUAUCCCCCUUGUCCUGGCUAUGUUGUAUCGUGCUUUCGACAACUCUGCAGAUUAUGUGCCAUAUUGAACGAUGUGAUGCACAACAUUUACUCUCCUGAAGCAGCUGCCAGACGUGAAAUGGAGGACGAAGAACACUCGGCAGAAACCAAGGCAGCUAAUGAGAUCCCUUUCGCACAGAUAUCACGAGACCUGCGCGACUGGCUGAUAUCCUUACCUGCUCACCUGAGGAUAAAUCCAGAUCAAAUGCCGGCACUGGCGCCUCCAGUCCACAUAAUGUCGCUGAACCUCCUAUAUCACACGACUGUGAUUCUCUUGCACAGACCUGUGGUACUCGGAGCACGCGAUAUGAAUGCUCCGGGACCGGCACGGUCAUACAAGAUGUGUAUUUCAGCAACAGCAGCAAUUCAUGAUCUGAUUAUGCUGCAAGCUAAUACAUUUGGGCUGUCGCAUGUAUCAUAUCUCAACGCGUACAGCGUGUACAUCGCAGCCACGAUUGCCGUUCUACGGUUUGAGCGAGAGUGUCAACCAGGAGACGAUCCCGCCGUGGCUGCGCAGAAGAACGGUUUGAUCUUCUUGUUGGACGUUUUACAAAAGACCUCGAACGCGGUGCCGGCACUUGAACGAAGUAACGCCAUCAUCACGAAAAGAAUGAAAGCGGUCUUGGAACGGCACAAGGCACAAGCAAGACAUAGCUACUCGAAUGGAUCGACACCACCGAAAUUCAACAUUCCAACACUUACCAGCCAUCAGCUGGAUCUAGCACAACCUACCGCCUUCCAAGCACUCUCCAACGCAGCUCUCGGACAUGCAAGCUAUUCUGGACCAGACACUCCUGGUUCUUUCGUUGCUCCAAUGCAAUGGACGUCGGGGAUCAGGAGCAGUCUUUACACCGAGUCUUCACACAUAGUUGACGAUUUCUUGCCGGCAUUCCCAGGCCAACAAUUUCCCAUAGGGUCCGAACACAGCUUUGGAAGCAACGAGGUCGAUCCCCACGCUAGAACUGCCUUACUUGGAUACAACCUGGAUCCUCAUCCGAGACUGAACUCUGGAGAUAUUGACUGGAAUUUCAUGGAUACUUUCGAGAACAGUUCGGUCCAUAUGUGAAACUGAUUUGCAUGGCAACACGGUGUUUGAAGGAAUGACAGCGAGUAGGGCAAUUUGUGGUUUCAAUCAACUGAUGGGGGGAUGAUCACUUGCGAAAA